AUGGCAAAUUCUUUCUGCCUGGAGUUAGAUCUUGAGAUCAUGAAGGCCACCAAGAUGCCCAAGCCCGAACAGAUUCAGAGUAAAAUAAAAGAAGAAGUUGAAAAGGUGGAGGACGGGAUCGCAAAGACGCUUCCUGGGUUUUUUUUUUCCUUUUCUCUCCUUUCCUUYCCYUCCCCUCCCCGACCCAACCCAGCCCAGCCCAGCCCUUGUCGCUGCCGCCUCCCCACACCCCGGUCCGCCCGCGGAGCGACCGCCACUCGCAGCGAGUCCCCGUGUCCGCCGGGUGGGGCCGCUGUACCUGGGCCGGCCCCUCCCCGCCUCCUCUGCCGCUACUAAAGGGGCCGCCGGAGUGCCCGSUGUGUUCGCCGCUGCUCCGCUGUGCCCGCCGCGGAGCCUCGGCGGGGAGCGGGAGCCGGAGCCUUGCCGGGCCCCCGCGCAUGGGGGCCGCCCCCGGACAUGCCCUUCUCGCCGCUCGGCUUCGCUGUCCUGCUGCUGGCGGCUGCGGGAAGGUCGCUCCCGGUGAGGCGGAGUUCAGAUGGGUCCCUCUCUGAGGUUAUGCAGAAAUGGAAGGAGUAUCAGCUCCAGUGCCAGAAAUACUUGUAUGAGACACCCCCCAUUGUGGCAGAAGGCAAAUUCUGCAACAGAACRUUUGAUGAUUAUGCCUGCUGGCCAGAUGGACUGCCUGGCACCUACGUGAAUGUCAGCUGCCCCUGGUACCUUCCCUGGGCUAAUGCAGUGCUGCAUGGGCAAGUGUACCGCUUCUGCACCUUGGAGGGGACGUGGCUGCURAAGGAGAAUUCAACCCUGCCCUGGAGGAACCUGUCUGAGUGUGAGCCCUCUGACCAGGAUGCACCAGAAGAACAGCUCCUGAAUUUAUCCAUCAUAUACACCAUUGGAUAUGCUCUUUCCUUCUCUGCCCUUGUAAUAGCAACUGCCAUUCUUCUUGGAUUCAGACAUCUGCAUUGCACGAGGAAUUACAUUCACCUGAACCUCUUCACCUCCUUUAUCCUCCGGGCUAUAUCUGUUUUCAUUAAAGAUGCGGUGGUGAAGUGGAUGUACAGCACAGCCACGCAGGAGUACCAGUGGGAAGGACUGAUAGCCUUCCAGGAAUCACUCAGCUGCCGUUUGGUCUUUGUGAUGAUGCAGUAUUGUGUGGCUGCAAACUACUAYUGGCUGCUGGUGGAAGGCAUGUACCUGUACACACUGCUGGUGCUUUCGGUCUUYUCGGAGCAGAGGAUUUUCCGCCUUUAUCUCUGCAUUGGAUGGGGUGUGCCAAUGCUGUUUGUUAUCCUCUGGGGAACUGUCAAGUACCUUUAUGAAGAUGAGGGUUGCUGGACCAGAAACUAUAACAUGAAUUACUGGCUGAUCAUCAGACUGCCCAUUCUCAUCGCCAUUGGGGUAAAUUUCCUCAUCUUCAUCAGAGUUAUAUGCAUCAUCAUCUCCAAACUGCAGGCUAAUUUGAUGUGCAAAACUGACAUAAAAUGCAGGUUGGCCAAGUCUACAYUGACUCUGAUCCCACUGCUGGGGACCCAUGAGGUCAUCUUUGCCUUUAUUACUGACGAGCAUGCCAGAGGGAUGCUGCGCUUCGUGAAGCUUUUUACUGAGCUCUCCUUUGCUUCAUUCCAGGGGCUGAUGGUUGCAAUUCUUUACUGUUUCAUCAAUAAUGAGGUUCAGAUGGAGUUUCGGAAAAGCUGGGAGCGCUGGAGAUUGGAACACUURUAUGUCCAGAGAGACAGCAGUAUGAAACCUCUGAAGUGUCCAGCCAACAGCAUCAGCAGCGGAGGCACAGUAGGCAGCAGUGUCUAUGCUGCCACUUGUCAGGCCACAUGCAGCUGAGAUUUCUGCAGGUGAAUCUGACUGGGAACAAUGAACUGCAUAAUAUACCUGAAAACCCUUAAAUACCCAAGCAAGUGGCUUAAGUUUGCCAGCUCCAGCAAGAAACUUAAGCAUAUGCUGCUCAUUGCCUGCAGGCUGUUGGACAAAGGUUUCUAGGGAGAGCAAUCUGCUAAUGUAAUCAACACAUCAGAGGAAAAAUUGAUCAUGUCUAAAGUAAGUUAAAAGGAGUUUUUUCCUAUUUGCACACAAGGCCUCCAGGGGUCCAAAACUUAAGCAUAGCAUCGAUCCAGUCUGAAACCACAGGGUCAAUGGCUUAUUACUGUUGAGUGGGCAAGUUGAGUGAUCGACUGAUUAAAUUACAAGGAUAUAGAAAUAUGAUUAUUGCCAAAAAAUACAUUUAGACUUUUCUUGGGGUAGGGUAAGGUGCAAUCACCAUUUUUAGAAAAAAAAAAUUUAGAGGAACACAACUUGCAUUUCAGGGAAGAAUCAGUUUGGUAGCAGGAGUUUCCCAAAGUUAAAGUUGAAAAUAUGCUGUUUCCUGGGUAGAUGAAGAAUGGCAUGCUAAAGGUCUGUCAAUGUACAGUAGGUAGUGUAAUGAACCUUUCUGAAUGUUAUCUUUAAGCUUCACUUACAAAAAAAUAAAAACCCAAACAAAACAAAAACCCAGUAUCUGUUAGGAGCUUCUUCUGCUAGGAGUAAGUGCACAUUAUCUCUGUCGACAAGGACAGGAAUGUCCCCUGCAUGCACAGCCCAGCCACUGUCAGUGAUAGUCUGCCUGCCUGGUGGGCACACUGUUGUUCACAGGGAUGRGAUUAUGACUUAUUUCAAGAGAACGUUUUCUGUCUGAGCUUUACUCUGCUUCUUGUGGGUGCAAACACACAAAAGAAAGUCAGCUUGGGGCCACUGCUGGUUUUAGCAGACCUCUGCUUUUUGAAAAGAUUCGGUAGCUGUCAGUGGGGUCUCACUUUUGCUUCCCUUCCAGCCUUGGUCCUUCUCUCCUGUGGCAUAAGGUAUCCGUGUGUGUGGAGGGGAAGGCGGCCCUUGCUCAGGGUGCGGGUGCAGGACUGAAGAAGCUCACACCCCCCUGCCCAGGGUGGGCUGCCAUCCUCCAGUGCCUGCCUGCUUCCCAUCAGAGGAAUUAAAAAAAAACCCAAACAAAAUCAACAACUCCAAACGUAAAAUCCUGAAUGCCAUGAGCUUUUUUCCAUCUGUUUAAAACAGCAAGGGCUCAUGCAGUGACUGCAUCUGCACUGUGCACUGUGUUCCCUUCCUGAUGUGAACCAGAGUUGCUGGAGAAAAACACAAGUACCUUUACAAGCAGGAUAUAAUCCAUUGCAUCAGUUAAUAACAAGCUUCACACAUCUUUACUCAGCUCCUACUUGGGCUCUCUUAAUAACAAGGAGGCAAAAUGCCAAAAACUAGCUCUGAGAAUCUCCUUAUUCACAGAUUUCUCAUAAUAAGUAACUUCCAUGRCAUAGCAGCUAUGACUACUCAGCAGAAAUAACACCCCCCUGUUUUCAAGUCUCUUUGCACUURCAUUCACAGCCCCUAUUGUCAAGAAAGUGGACUGGAUAUUCUGGGAUGUAACUCAGCAUCUUUCYUGCCUGAAGCUAAAUUGCUUUGCAUGGGAUUAUUUAAACAUUGCAUUAGAAUCCUAAUUGCCAAAAGCAUGGAUUAGUUYUGCAAUCAUCAGGUUAGAAUUGAAUUAGAGAGGAUGUGUUACCUUCUGCUAUAAUGCUUGUAAUUGAGCUCCAGGGAGAAAGACACGUUUGCAGAAAUCCACCACAGUUCUCAGGCUGGCUUUAUGUGUCUGUAGCGUGCUGGCUUCUCUGCAGGCUGCUUCCAAGUCUUCCCUCCCUAAUAUCAGCUGCAGAGCUGACUUUGGAAUGAAGCACUUCAGGUUCUUCUGUAAAUUUAAUAACUAGCUUCUGUGUUGUGUGACUGUCAAUACACCACUUGUCUACUACACCCAGAUGUUAACUGCUGUCCUAYAUUUUAAUUAAUUAGCUUCCUGUACGUAC